AUGUCGGCAAAGAAGAUUAUCACUGUAUUCGGCGCCACAGGUGCGCAAGGUGGCGGGGUUGUUGAUACAUUCCAAAGUGAUCCUAAACUGCGCGAUGAAUGGGUUGUUCGUGCAGCAACCCGUGAUACUUCGAAAGACUCUGCUAAGAAGCUUGCGAGUGCAGGCGUCGAAGUCGUCUUCGCUGAUCUCGACGAUAAAGCGAGUCUCGUUAGUGCUAUGAAAGGCUCUUAUGCGGCUUUUGGUGUGACGAAUUAUUGGGAGCGGGCCUCUGCCGACGUUGAGAUUCAGCAGGGCCGAAAUCUGGCUGAUGCCGCAAAGGAAGCGGGCGUUCAACACUACAUUUGGAGUUCCCUUCUAAACAUUAAAGAACUUUCCGGAGGUGAGCUGCCAAAUGUGUAUCAUUUUGACAGUAAAGCCACUGUGGCGGGGUACAUACGAGAAUCAGAAGAUGGAUUCCUCAAGCAGGUACCUCCAGACAACAAUUUUGCCCUCGCAUUCCCAGUUGCGCCGAACGCCAUCGUUCCCGUGUUCCACCCCGCAGAUACAGGUAAAUACAUAAAAGCAAUCGUACAUAAUCGAGAUGCUCUGCCCGGAAACCGGUUUUUGGGUGCCACGGCAUACAUAACUGCGGCAGAGGUUUUGGAGGGGUUCAAACGAGUGUUUCCCGAGGCAGGAAAAACGGCUCGCUAUUUCCAAAUGUCCGAGCAGAUGUUUCGAGAUUAUUUGGAAGCCAAAGGCACGCCGGAUUGCAUUAUCACGGAGCUCUAUGAAAAUAUGAAAUUGCUGGAAACGUUCGGAUACUAUGGGGGAGAACCGUUAGAUACGACGGCCAAAUUAGUCGAAGAUCACUUGACUACCUGGGAGGAAUACGCAAGGAAUGUGGCACCUGGCUUUCGAAGCUGCACAUAGCCAUUCAUAAGAGUAUUUGCGCGUGGCCAUACAAACAAAUACUAACUCAACCUCCUGAUUACACUUGACAAUAAUAUCGAUUUUGAGCCCAGGAGCAUGUCGAUUGAAUCUUUGCUAGCAGAAGUCGAUAUUUUCUUCCUGGAAGAAUUGGUCCGGAGGUCCAUUACGUAGAAUAUGCGAGGCCAUAGUACAGUAAUGCCGUACCGUAGCGCCACAGAAAACAGACCUAUGUGGAAUCGGGCGAAUCCGCACGAAGAGAAGUGACAACUACCCCAAUUUUAAAAACAGCGAGGACGUCGAUCUUUCUCUCUGUAGAAAUAUGUGGAAAAGCUGGGUUUUCUGCCGUUAAGCCCCUGAAAGAUGCCUUCUGCCCUAGCGAAUUAGAACUCGCUCGUGAGCCCAUUUGGGGAGGCUGCUUACCUAGGUACCCUAGGAAAUAUAUACAAUUAGCGCUAGACUACAUUGCUCACAGUCAGCAGCUCGCUAACAGUCACAUAUAAUGGUCAUAUCACCGUGAUUUGUGGGAUCCGACGACA